AAUUGCAGUUUUGUUACAGCCUGCAACGUUGCCAUUAGCAACGGCAACUGCCCUCUACAAGUCCCAAAAUGUUGCACAGAUCGUUUAUACCUGAUAUCGGCGUUUAAUGGGAAUUUAUUCGCGCUCACAUCUACACACAUCGACUUCCUUCGUGUCUUUUUUAAAGAUGAUUUUCGGUCGUUGAGGAAGCCUGCGUGCCAGUACCAGUUAGCUCCGAUUGCUAAAGCUAGCACGUUGAGCUAAUCCCAUUGCUUUAGAUAAUCCCAGUCUCAGCUAGCAUCGUUAUCGUCUUGGAAUUGGGUUGAACGUUUUUCUGACAAAGUGUUAAUUGUAACGGGCGGCUAUGGGCCAAGAGUAGUGUCUGAAUAACCUGCUUGGAAUAUUUGCAGAUUUUUUUUCCUACUUAAGUUGAAACAGUAGAAAGAAGAUGGAUCUUCGCCUCAAUAGAGUUGAUUACAUUCAGGUUGGCGUGACAUCUCAGAAAACUAUGAGGCUUCUUCCUCCACUGGGAAAAAAGGCAACCCAAAAGGUUGCUAUUGCUGAUCAUGAUGGAAUACUCACAUGUUUUGGCAUCAAGAAGGGGGAAGCAGUGCCUGUCUUUAAAACACUUCCUGGCCAGAAGAUAGCCCGAAUGGACCUUGGAGGUGCUGCGGGAACUCCCCAGGAAAAGAUCUUUGUCUGCUCUGGUUCUCAGGUCCGAGGAUUCACCAAGAAAGGCAAACAGUUCCUCACUUUUGAAGCCAACCUAACUGAGAGCAUUAAUGCAAUGCAUGUCUCAGGCGCUGACCUUUUUGUGUGCGCAAGUUACAUCUACAACCACUACUGUGACUGCAAAGAUCAGGACUACUACCUCUCUGGAGACAAGAUCAAUGACAUCACAUGUUUGUCCACUGAAAACCUCACUCACCUCGUCCCCGUCCUGGCAUGCCAAGAUCGAGUGCUCAGAGUCUUGCAGAGAUCUGAACUUGCAUAUGACAUAGAAGUUCCUGGACCUCCUUCUGUGUUGGAACUGUAUAAAGAGCAAGGAGAGGAAAUUCUCUUUGGAACCACAGAUGGAAAAAUAGGAUUGGUUGAGAUUGGUGAACUUUCAGCUGCGACCAAAUGGGAAAUUGACAAUGACAAAAAGAAAGGAGGAAUUCUUUGCAUUGACAACUAUGAUAUUAUUGGUGACGGAGUGAAUGAUAUCCUGGUGGGGAGGGAUGAUGGGACGGUUGAGGUCUACGGCUUUGACAGCUCUAAUGAACCGACAUUGCGCUUUGAGCACGUAUUGUCAGAGAGUGUGACCUCCAUCCAGGGUGGUUGUGUAGGGAAGGAGUCUUAUGAUGAGGUCUUGACUGCCACCUACACGGGAUGGGUGACUGGUUUGACCACUGAGCCUCAGAAGGCCGAGGCUGGCCCCGGAGAUGAGGUCAGGAUGAGCAAGGAGACACAGUCUAAAGUAGAAGCACUCAGGGCAGAGCUGGAGCAGCUGCAGGUCAAAGUCCUGCAGGGACGUGAGCAGUACCAGCAGACCUCUCAAUCAAGCACGGCUGUCUCUGCUGUCCCCGUCUUCAGCAUCAAUGACAAGUUUACACUCUGCCAAGACGAUGCCAGCUACAGCCUCACCCUGGAGGUGCAGACUGCCAUCGACAACCUGCUGUUGCAGAGUGAUGUUCCUAUUGACCUCCUGGAUGUGGAUAAGAACUCAGCUGUCGUCAGUUUCAGUGAAUGUGACUCAGAGCAGCCCAAUGGGAACUUCCUCCUGGCCACAUACCGAUGUCAGGCCAACACUACCAGAAUUGAGCUCAAAGUGAGGUCCAUUGAGGGACAGUAUGGAACCCUGCAGGCGUAUAUCACCCCAAGACUGCAGCCUAAGACAUGUCAGGUACGCCAGUACCAGAUCAAACCUCUGUCCCUCCACCAGCGGACUCACAGCAUAGACCAAGAGAGUUGUCCUCCCAACAGUUUCACUAACAUCUACACUGGAUGGCCAGGAAGUGUUCGCGAAGUCUUAUCGGGUGCUUCUCCGAAGCUGAUAAUUGGCGUCUGUCUUGUGCCAAUGAACAGGCUCAGUCUGGUUGGGCAGUUCAGUUUUGCAGAGAUCCACUCCUGGGUGGUUUUCUGUUUGCCGGAGGUACCUGAGAAAACACCCGCAGGAGAGAGCAUCACAUUUUAUUUCCACAACACCUUCCUUGGCACACAGCUUGAAGCCACCUACUGCAAAGGGGAGGGUCACUUUAAGUCUGACAACAUCUCUACGAUCUCCAUACUGAGUGAUGUUCUGUCUAAAGAAGCUACCAAAAAGAAAAUCAAUCUCAACAUUUCGUACGAAAUCAGUGAUGACUCUGUGAGCCACACCCUUAACAUGAUCCAUCCAAAGCUGGAGUACCAGCUGUUGUUGGCUAGAAAAGUUCAGCUCAUCGAUGCCCUUAAAGAGCUUCAGGUUCAUGAGGGGAAUGCUGAUUUCCUCAUUCCAGAAUAUCGCAACAUCUUGGAUGAAUCCGCUAAUCUCCUUGAGGAGUACAAGAAACAGCCUGCACACCUUGAAAGGCUUUACGGAAUGAUCACAGACCUCUUCAUCGACAAAUUCAAGUUCAAGGGCCAGAAUGUAAAAACCAAGGUGUCCUCAUUGCUGGAGAUACUUGAUAACUAUGACUUGAAUUCUCUGUUAGAUUUUUUUAAUGAGGCCUAAGUUUUUAAUAGGUCAGAAGGUAUUCAUUUAGUUGUCUUUGAAUGUUUGUGCUAUUUUUGUAUUCUAAUGAAACACUUGUUUCAUGGUAGUAUCUCUGUGUUUCUGUAAUGUUAUUAAAUAUAUUUAGUUACUUUUUGUCAUAGCUACUGAGCACAAUAUUUAAAUAUUUAUGUAUUUUAAAGUAUCUGGAAAUAACUAUAAAAAAAGUUACCUGUAUGAAUAGCUGGCAUUUGAAGUGACCAAAUAUAAGGUUGUUAAAGAAAUAUGUAAUGUAUAUUUUUAUGUUAUGGUUUUCAUAUGAGUGAUGUUCAUCUCUUCAAAUAAAAAUGAGAUGAUGUAAAGUUCAUUAUUCACUGGACUAAUGCUACUACAAAAACCUACUUGUAUAGAAGAAGAAAUGCAUAAUACAGUGAAUUUUAACAAAGA